GACAACAUGUUAGUCGGAUGUGUAUGUGCAAAUUUGUCGAUGCAGCAUCAAAGACUUAAGAGGGAAAAUGGUGAUCCUUGAUUUCUGGACAUACUGCUGCAUCAAUUGCAUGCACAUUCUCCCAGAUCUUGCUUUCUUAGAAAAGAAAUACGCCAACAAACCGGUGGUUGUGGUUGGUGUUCAUUCUGCAAAGUUCGACAACGAGAAAGAUCUCGAGAGUAUUCGAAACGCUGUGUUGCGAUAUGAUAUCACUCAUCCGGAUGUGGAUGAAAUUCUGCAAGCAGCUCUGGAUUUCUAUGGGACGAAGGGAAUGCUGGAUUACACCCCUAUCCCAUCAUCUCUGGAAAAGGAAAAGGAUGUGCGAUUGAUUGCCAGCCCACUAAAGUUCCCCGGGAAGCUGGCCACCGACCUUGCCAAUGGAAGGCUGUUCAUCUCUGACAGUAACCACCAUCGCAUUGUUGUUACAGAUCUAAAUGGAGAAUUUAUAACACAGAUUGGUGGUGCCGGAGGGGAAGGGCUACGAGAUGGUACCUUCGAAUAUGCUGCCUUCAAUCGGCCACAGGGCCUCACUUAUCACAGCGGUAGGAAUGUGCUUUAUGUUGCCGACACAGAGAACCAUGCUUUGAGGGAGGUUGACUUCGUUAAUGAAAAGGUAACCACCUUGGCAGGUAACGGAACCCAGGGUUCCGAUUACAAGGGAGGCGGAAGGGGUCCUUCGCAGGUGCUGAAUUCCCCAUGGGAUGUAGUUGUGGAUGAACCAAAUGGAAAAGUCUAUGUGGCAAUGGCUGGGCAGCAUCAGAUAUGGACAUAUGACAUUGACACUGGAGUUUCCCAGAGGUUCAGUGGCGAUGGUUCUGAACGCAACCUCAACGGGCGAAGUGGAAAUGAUUCGUCUUUUGCACAACCGUCAGGGCUCUCUUUAUCUACAGAUCGAACGGUUCUCUAUGUUGCCGACAGUGAAAGCAGUUCAAUCAGGGCUGUCAAUCUGCAGACCGGCGGAACUACACUCUAUGCUGGAGGAGAUCCGACAUUCGCAGACAAUCUCUUCAAGUUUGGUGACAAGGAUGGAUUUGGGACAAAGGUGGAGCUGCAACAUCCUCUAGGUGUGCUGCAGUCACUAGACGGGAGCAUCUACAUUGCUGAUUCAUACAAUCACAAGAUCAAGAAGAUGAACCCUUCUACCAAGGAAGUGAUUUCAGUCGCAGGCAACGGACGAGCAGGAUUUAAGGAUGGAAAAGGCACAUCAUCACAGUGUUCGGAGCCUGCAGGACUCGCUCAAGGCUUGGAUGGAAAGAUAUUUAUAGCAGACACAAACAACAAUGUCAUCAGGGUGCUUGACAUGGCAGAGAAUGGCCGCAUCGAUACACUUGAGUUGAAAUCUGUACCCCUUCCAUCUCCUGAAGCGCCCUCCUCUCCUGGAAAAAGGAGAAGGAGAGGAAGUACGAAGUCAAGACCAGAUACCGAGGUUGUCCGCGUGGCCACAGUUGAGACGACAAAGGGGCAGCUGGCAUUGAAGAUAUCCAUUCCACAAGGAUACCACUUCACGAAGGGUGCGACCAGCAAGUAUGAAGUCGAUGCGGAUGCUGAAGAUGUUAUCAUCCAGCCUGUGAGUGGAGAGUUGGUCACAAGUGGCUUUUCUGCAUCGGCUUCGCUGGCAUUCGAAAGCAGAGGUGCCAACGAUUCCACCAAGACGGAUGCUGCCGAGUCGAUGACUCGCAUCAACUGCAAGGUGUACUACUGCCAAGAAGACGAUGUCUGCCUGUACAAGGCGUUGACUUUUGAAAUUCCCUUUGCAGCUGCCACAACUUUCCCUGCAGCAGAUUCUCCGCGCGAAGCAGCAACUACAAUCCCUGUCAUGUAUUCAAUCAUCCCGAAGGUGGAGCCCCGGACACAACUGCUUUGAUGAUUAGAAGCAUCAUUCACCAGGAGUGGUGGUUGAUGGUUCUCCUACUCGUCAUGGAGACGAUGUCUGUGAGUGCGCCUUGUGUUGCGAGUUCAGCUCGCUGACCUCGGAGCACUUUUUCUCAUUUGCUCGCCCGAUGAGGGUACAGUCUCCUGUGCAUUCAACAGGCCCUUCUCCAUCCUCCCCUCCCUGCCACUUUCUCCCUCAAAUUCCUCUCCUCCUUCCCCUUCCUCACCUCUUUCCCCUUCUUACCCUCUUUGUUCUCCUUCUCCUCCUCCAUUGUGCCCUCCCUCCUGCCUUCCUCAUCUUCAUCUCCGUCGUCCCCUUUUUCCUAUAUUUCUCCCCCUCCUCCUCCUCCCUCCCUUCCCUCCUACUUCUUCCCUCACCUUCCUCUCUUUCUUACCUCCUCCUCCUGCUCCUCAUUGGUGUCUAGGCUAGGAAGGUUUGUUCGGGUUUGCCAUCAAGCGCAAAGUCUUUAUUGAGGAUGGACUUGGGGAAACUUCUUCCUUCAUGAGAGAGUCAAGAAGUCAUAGAGCAAUUGCUCCGUGUUGUUUGGGUGCACGCGUGCCCGCGUGUCUUUGUGUGUGUGUGUCUGUGUGUGAGAGAGAGAGAGAGAGGGGUUCGAAAGCGAAAUCGU